UCAGCUGUUUAAAGUAGGCCCGAACGUGCGCCUCUUCAGUGACUGACGGCCGUAGGCCCCUCCCAGCAGCGCCUGACGCUAAACCGCAGCCCCGUCUUGUUUUCAGCCCAACGGAGCUCCAUUUUCUUCUUACCCGAUAUCCAGGAGAUUCAAGGCUUUGAAAAUGAAUGAAGAAUACGACGUGAUCGUUCUGGGCACCGGGCUAACGGAAUGCAUUUUAUCGGGCAUCAUGUCUGUGAAGGGGAAGAAGGUUCUCCACAUGGAUCGCAACUCGUACUACGGCGCUGAGAGCGCUUCCAUCACGCCUCUCGACGAUCUCUUCAAGCGCUUCAACAUUCCUGGAGAACUUCCUGCCUCUAUGGGAAAAGGCCGGGACUGGAAUGUGGACCUCAUCCCAAAGUUCCUCAUGGCAAAUGGUCAGCUGGUGCGCAUGUUGCUGAUCACACAGGUCACUCGCUACCUGGAUUUCAAAGUGAUUGAAGGCAGUUAUGUCUACAAAGGAGGGAAAAUCUAUAAAGUCCCCUCGACUGAGACCGAGGCUCUGUCAUCUAGCCUCAUGGGAUUGUUCGAGAAGAGGCGCUUCAGAAAGUUCUUGAUCUUUGUUGCCAACUUUGACGAAAACGAUCCCAAGACUAUGGAAGGUGUUGACCCCAAAACCACGACGAUGAGGGCCAUUUUCCAGAAGUUCAGCCUGGGACAGGAAGUUAUUGACUUCACUGGUCACUCCCUGGCCCUGUACCGCACAGAUGACUACCUGGACAAACCUUGUCUCGAUGCGAUAAACAGGAUAAAGCUUUACAGUGAGUCUCUAGCCAGAUAUGGCAAGAGUCCUUACCUCUACCCUCUGUACGGGCUUGGAGAACUGCCACAAGGCUUUGCCAGGCUGAGUGCUAUCUAUGGGGGGACAUACAUGUUGAACAAGCCCAUUGAGGAGAUUGUGAUGGAGAACGGGAAGGUGGUGGGAGUCAAGUCUGAGGGAGAGAUUGCCAAAUGCAAACAGCUGAUCUGCGACCCCAGCUAUCUUAUGGAUCGAGCAAAAAAAGUGGGUCAGGUGAUCAGAGUCAUCUGUAUCUUGAGUCAUCCCAUUGCCAACACUGGUGACAUCAACUCCUGCCAGAUCAUCAUCCCUCAGAAUCAGGUCAACAGGAAGCAUGACAUCUACGUUUGUAUGAUCUCCUUUGCUCACAACGUGGCAGCAGCGGGAAAAUACAUUGCAAUUGCCAGCACCACAGUGGAGACGAAUGACCCAGAGAAGGAGGUCAAGCCAGCCCUGGACCUACUGGAACCCAUUGAGCAGAAGUUUGUCAGCAUUAGUGACCUGUAUGAGCCUACUGACUUGGGCACAGAAAGCCAGAUCUUCAUCUCCCGCUCAUACGAUGCCACAACUCACUUCGAGACCACCUGCGAUGACAUCAAGGACAUCUACCGCAGGAUGACUGGCUCAGACUUUGACUUUGCAGAGAUGGAGCGCAAAAAGCAGGACAUCUUCGGUGACGCUGCGGAGUAGAGACGACGCAUCCCCACUAUUCCAGAUUAUCAGAGGAAAAUCUAAAAAAAUAGAAAAAUCUACACAAAUAUGUACCCACCCAUGGGCUAACCAGAUAAUCCAAUACAUGGUCUGCCCUUUGAAGAAGUUUUUGAUCUAUAGAGGGAUGAUAGUGUUGUUGGAUCGGGUUCAGGGAGAGAGCAGUGCUUUUUUUCAGAUCACAUUCAGGUGAAUAUUGCACUAAACUGAGGUUUAUGCUUAAUUAGAAAAUAUCCUAUAUUCUUGCGAGUCCUAUUAAGAUGAUGCAUAGUCCAAAAAUGCCAAACCACAAGAGAAGUCAUUCUCAAUGAAAUUGUAAACAUGCUGGAGGGUGCAUUUUUCUGUCUCUGUUCAGGAAUUGCAAGAUGUAAAAUGUCUUCAGAAACGAACGUUAAUUCCUCCAGGUGUGUUUCUAUGUCACGUUGGGAAAAAUGGCUUGGCUUUGUCCUUUUUGUAUUAAAUCAUGUGAGGCAUGGAGUGUUUCUUGCAGGGUGUGGUAAUUUCAGCUAAAACAGGCCAUUGCACCACAUUCAUAUAGUCCGACUUUGUGAAAUGACGUGGUUUAGUGUGUGUUCUUGGCUUUUUCAUGUAUUCUUUUUAAACUUUACUGAAUAUUGUCAUACCCUGGAACUGCCAUGACAGUAUACUGUAAGCCAAGCCAUAGUGGUGUCUGUGUUUGAUUUUAAAUGACCUGAACCUGUUAACAAAAUGAGUUACUAUUGCAACAGGGGGAGCACAUUAGUUUAUGUAUUUUACUAAAAUGAUGUGCGAUCCAAGCAGAGGGCAAGUGUGGUUCACUGUAAUUGCUGAAGAAGGACCAAAUAUGUACUGGAGCAGUGUUGAACUGAUGAAAGCCCUGUCGUGUUAUCGCUUUUGAACAACUGGAAAGAAAAAUAAAGAUCUUGGGCUGGAA